CUGUGUUCAAUAGCAGCGGAAAUAGUGCACUCUGUGUGUAACACGCAGCCAUUUGGGAUUCAAGCGUUUGUAUCUGUAGCUGUAUCAAAGCGACCCAAGCGUGUUAGCCAGCUGCUGUCGUGUCCCGUAAUGUCCUUUAGCGAUGUCUACAGCCUCUAAAGUCGUUCUCGGGUUAUCCGUAGUACUGACUGUGGGCACCGUGGCUGGAGUGCACAUAAAGCAGAAUUGGGACAGACAGAGGCUGCGAGAGGGAGUGCUGCGAGACCUGGAGCGUGUGGAGAGGAAGCGUGAGAACCAGCAAGCCCUCGAGGACCAGAUCCGCCUGACCAGGGAGCUCGUGGCACACAGAGAGCGACAGGAAGCCGCCGAGACGCCCAGCAGCGCUCAAAGCUCCUGA